GGGUUUUUGGUGCAUAUCCACCACCGCCGAGAGGGAAAGCACGCUCUGUCGGCUUCGUACUCUCUGUUUCCUCCAUAUUUGCUCUGCUUAUUUUCUAUCUAAAUCAGUCUUCCUAUUCAAGAAAUGAUUAUAACUAGACUGAGUCACUGCCUUGUCUAUAUCUCUCUCUCCAUUAGAACAGCCCCUUAGCCACCUCUCCCUCACUCACACUUUUCUACGAAGGAAAAAGCGAGGAUGGUAAUUGGCGUGAUGGAUGAUCUUGGUGAAAAGAAAUCAUUGCACGAUGAUGAACAGGACAAGAGUAUGAUCAAGAAUGCUUGUACCGUCUGCAAAACUACCAAGACACCCUUGUGGAGAAGUGGACCUGCUGGGCCCAAGUCACUGUGCAACGCUUGUGGGAUCAGAUACAGAAAGAGACGAAGAUCAAUUUUGAGGUUAGACGAGGAUUCAGAGAAGAAAAAGAGAAGCCAUUGCACCACCCUCACAAGUACCGCUGUAAAUAGCAGCACCAGUGCGACCUCGGUCAAUGGCGUUAAUGGUAAUGAAUUGGGGGAGUCAUUGAAGAUAAGACUAAUCGUAGAGGGUGGGAAAAGGAAAUUUGAAAUAUCAUCAGUUGUAAAGAAACAGACCUGCCAGCGGAGAAGGGAGCUGGAAGAAGAAGAACAGGCUGCUUUUUCUUUAAUGGCAUUGUCUUGUGAUUCUUUUUUUGCAUGUAAUAGGAAAAGAUAAAAUACAGAGUGGAUUUGAUGUUAAACUGCAAACCAACCCUGCCCCGCAUACCUUUUCUUUGUCCUUUUUAGAUUAUCAUCCAUGACCUUUCUUCUUCUUCUUCUUCUUCUCCAUUUUCAGAGGAAGAUGGUGAAGAAUGGUGAUAUCGUGUGUACACAGAAUUUUCUGAAUAAUGAAGGAAUAUAUGUUUCUCAGA